AUGAGUAAUCAAACAUUUCUGGUUGGUACUGGUGUUGAAAGUAUUUAUGCAUGUAAUCUUACAUCAAGUGGAGAAUUAAAAUUUAUAAAUGAAACUAAAUGUGGAAAAGGUUCAACAUGGCUUUUAUCAUGUAAUGAUUUACUUUAUGUAGUUAAUGAACAUACGGAUAAAAUACAAACAUUUACAAUCGACGAUCGUAUUCAAGGUAAUUUAACAUUAAAAAAUACAAUAUCAGCAAUGGGAAGUACACCGUGCUCAUUGGAUAUUGAUCCAACAGGAAAAUGGCUUGCAGUAGCUAAUUAUGGAUAUGAAGGAACAUCGAAUUUUGUUCUUUUUCCAUUUAAUGAUUCAAAGCUACCCGAAGAAAAAGAUGCUCAAAUAAAUGCAAUCGAUGGAAAUGGUCCAAACGUUGAUCGUCAAGAGCAUUCUCAUUGUCAUCAAGUAUUAUUUCAUCAAGGUUAUUUAUAUAUUGUGGAUUUAGGCACUGAUACAUUAAGUAUGUAUCGUUUCAAUGAUACAAAUGGCGAAACUAGUCUAGUUGGCGAUCGAAUAAAAAUCGAAGCUGGUGCUGGACCACGUCAUUUGCUUUUUCAUCCAAAUAAAUCAUUAGUUUUCGUAUGUAAUGAAUUAAAUUCAACAACGAGUGUUUAUCGAAAGAAUAAUUCAUCCGAUCAAUUCGAAUGUAUUCAAACAAUAAAAACACGACGACCAGCCGAUGAAAAUGAUGCAACGAAGGAAAAUUAUCCAGCUGAAAUACAAUUUACACCAGAUGGAAAAUGUUUACUUGUAUCAAAUCGUGGCGAUGAAAAUCUUGUUAUAUUUAACAUAAACGAGGACAACGAACAAAUUUUAAGUAUCAAAGAACAUAUUGAUUGUCACGGUUCAUUUACACGUUUUUUUACAUUUGAUCCAACUGGAAAGUUUCUUCUUAUUGCUAAUCAAAAAUCAAACAGUUUAACAUGUUUUUCAUAUGAUAGUGAGAAUAUUACUUAUAAAUUUGUUUCACAAUUGGAAAAUAUACAAAGUCCUCAACAUAUGAUUUUUCUGUAA